AUGAGCUCCCCUUACACUGUCCAAAUCCACCAGAGCACCAAGGAGCCUUCCAUCUCCAGCUCUUACAGCUACUCUUCUGGUUCGUACAGCUCUUCAACCAGCACAACGCCUCGAUCUCUCUCUCCUGGCGAUUACCGCGAGUACGGUGCUGACAAGCACACUACACAAGUCGCCAGCUCUGGUCGAAACUUGGUCAUCAACCACAACAAAGUCUCGUACGAGAAAGACUCGCCGGCACCAAAAUAUUCUGGUGCAUAUACGAGGAUCUAA